GCCAACAGGAUGCAAAAGCAAGUAGAGGUCAGAAUGCACGAGAGUCACCUGGACAUGGAGCCCCCCGUUCCUCCAGCAGAGCCCGUGUGUGGGGGCUUCUGUGACAGAAUAAUGAGGAAUUUGCUUCUAACAGUCACAGUUCUUGGUGUGGUUGUAGGCUCUGUUGCUGGAAUUCUCCUUCGCUAUGCCUCACCACUCCCUCCGGACCUGAUUAUGAUCAUUGCCUUCCCUGGAGACAUCCUCAUGAGGAUGCUGAAGAUGCUUAUCCUUCCCCUCAUUAUCUCCAGUCUAAUCACAGGGCUGGCAGGAUUGGAUGCCAAAUCCAGUGGACGUCUUGGAACGAGGGCAAUGGUUUAUUACAUGUCCACCACGAUUAUUGCUGCCAUUUUGGGAGUGAUUCUUGUGCUGGCCAUUCACCCUGGCAACCCUAAACUGAAGGCUAACCUGGGAGAAGGGAAGAAGAAUGACGAAGUGUCCAGUUUAGAUGCCUUCUUUGACCUUAUCCGAAAUUUAUUUCCAGAAAAUCUGGUGCAGGCGUGCUUCCAACAGAUCCAGACUGUGACUAGUAGGGUAGAAGUUGCCCCUCCUCCUCCCACAAGAUUUAAUGGACGAAAUGCAACAAAGGGGGCAGCAAAAUAUGUUGUGAAGAAAUCUCUUCAGUUCAAGAGUGGCAUGAAUGUGUUGGGUCUGAUUGGGUUUUUUGUGGCAUUCGGGAUCUGUAUGGGAAAGAUGGGAGAACGAGCCAAACUGAUGCUGGAGUUCUUCAAUGUUCUUAACGAGAUUGUUAUGAGACUAGUGGGCAUGAUCAUGUGGUAUUCUCCUAUUGGUAUUGCGUGUCUGAUCUGUGGAAAGAUCAUCUCUAUUAAUGAUCUGGAGGUGGUGGCCAAGCAACUGGGAAUGUACAUGAUUACAGUUAUCAUUGGCCUGAUCAUCCACGGUGCCAUCUUCCUACCACUCAUAUAUUUCAUCAUCGUCAGGAAAAACCCAUUUAAAUUCUUCAUGGGCGUGUUCCAGGCCUGGGUGACUGCUUUGGGCACGGCCUCCAGUGCUGGUACUCUGCCUGUAACCUUUCGUUGUCUGGAGGAGAACCUUGGCAUUGACAAGAGGGUGACACGCUUCGUGCUGCCUGUUGGGGCCACUAUCAAUAUGGAUGGCACAGCUCUGUAUGAGGCUGUUGCAGCCAUUUUCAUCGCACAAAUGAAUGGAAUUGAACUGGAUCCGGGUCAGAUUGUGACUGUCAGUUUGACUGCUACAUUAGCUAGUGUUGGAGCUGCCAGUAUUCCCAGUGCUGGACUUGUUACAAUGCUUCUGAUCCUGACUGCUGUGGGUUUGCCAACCUCGGAUAUCAGUUUACUGGUAGCGGUGGAUUGGUUACUGGAUCGCUUCCGAACCUCGGUGAAUGUUGUUGGUGACUCGUAUGGGGCAGGCAUUGUGUACCACCUCUCCAAAGAUGAGCUUGACACUUUUGAUGCCCAGCAAAUGAGGGGAGAUGACUUAGAAAUGGCCAAGACACAAUCCUUCUAUGAAAAUAACACAAACCAGUGUGUAUAUGCUUCCCGCAACUCCUGUCCACAAGUCCUGAUAGAUGAUUGCAAGGUAACCUUGGCCUCAAAUGGCUCCCCUGCGGAGUUCUCUGUUGUUGAGGAGGAACCAUGGAUACGUGAAUAA